AUGGACGCCAUGAAAGACACUUGGUCGGUGGUAUCCGAAGCCAUCAACCCCCAGCUCCUCCCCUAUGCCGCAGGCCUAUUACUCGCAUGGCCCGUGGUGACAGUCAGCCUGCGAUUCCAACGACUGCGUCAAAUGCACAAGCAAUAUGACUAUCCCACCCGAGAAUCCAUGGCCACAAUGACCGACGACGAUGCAUUCAACAUCCAAAAAAACGUGGCCCAGCUGGAAUUCCCAUUCAUGUUCAUCAAGAGUCUGCAAUUUGCCUUGUUCAGGACAUACGGCAUCCCAUCAAUCUCGACCCUGCUCACCAAAACAAGCCAGUUCUCGAAUCCGGAAACCUCCUUGAAGCGCUACGCAGAUACCGUCGCUCUCGUACAGGAGAUGGUAGGUAACGACCCAACCUCCCAACGCGCCUAUCUGGGCCUUGCGCGCACCCGCUACCUGCACAGCGGGUACAGGGACUCUGGAAAGAUCCUGGACGAAGACAUGCUUUACACGCUAGCACUGUUUGCUCUCCAGCCGAUCCGGUUCAUCGAUCGCUUUGAAUGGCGAACUCUCAGCGAGCUGGAACGCUGCGCGAUUGGCACUUUCUGGAAAAGUGUCGGUGAUGCACUGGAUAUCACCUAUGAGAGAUUGCCCUCCGGCCAGCAGGGCUUUGUAGAUGGUAUCCAGUGGCUUGAGGAGAUCGAUGCGUGGAGCGAGGAGUACGAGCAGCAAUUCAUGGUUCCUCAUCGGAAGAAUCGAGAGACGGCCGAUCAGACCACAGCAGUGCUGCUUUACAUGCUGCCUAAGGCAUUGCAUCCAGUUGGGCUGCAAUUCGUCUCGUAUAUGAUGGACCCAAGAUUGCGCGCCGCGAUGUACUACGAGCCCCCAUCCGCAUUUUGCAGUGCGCUUUUCUCAGCACUGCUGACGACUCGGAGACUGGCUAUUCGCUACUUGGCGCUCCCGCGAUCUUACUCCCAGCGCUAUGUUUCGUUCACUGAAAAGCCCGACAAGGAGGGCCGGUACUUUUUCACCCAGUGGGACGCGGCGCCCUACUAUGUCAAGCCUACGAUUUGGAAUCGUUGGGGCCCGACUGCGUGGCUGACUUGGGCCCUCGGACGGCCUGUACCUGGCGAUGAAGGGGACAAGUAUUAUCCUGACGGGUAUCUUAUCCCGAAUCUUGGGCCCAAGGCGUUCGAGGGUAAGGGAGGGAAGAAAUUGGACGAGGCGCUCGAAGAGAUGAAGGGGUAUCGGACUGGACAAUGUCCUUUCCACUGA